UUGCACAAUGCAAUAUAUCAUUUCAAAAGCCAUAUAUGGUCAAUUUAGAAACAGUUGCACAAUGCAAAAUAUCAUUUUAAAAAACGAACCAUCUUUUAGUGUCUUUACUAUAAAUAACGUACCAUGAACAUUGUAACAUGCACACCAAAUGGAGCUCCUAUAUCUCAUUAUCACUUCUAUCAUAAGCUUCUUCUUCCUCCUCCAAGUCGCCGACGUUCACCGGAAGAGAAGACUCCCUCCGGGCCCGUUGCGGCUCCCCAUCAUUGGAAACCUCCAUCAAUUACUUGGACCAAAACCACAUAAAACCCUAGCCACCCUAGCAAAGAAACAUGGUCCGCUAAUGACCAUCCAACUAGGCAACAUCACAACUGUGGUGGCAUCCACACCCGAAGCCGCUAGAGAGAUUCUCCUAAGUAAAGACGAGGUGUGCUCCAGUCGCCCCGUCCCAGACGCGGUCACCGCUUUAAAACACCAUGACAUGGCUAUCCUAUGGAUACCACCAAAUGUAACAUGGCAGACCCAUAGAAAAGUCCUUAGAAUGUAUCUCACAAGCCAACAUAAACUCGACACGCUCAAGAACGUCCGUGAAACCGUUGUGGAAGAAAUGUUGGAUUAUAUCCGUGUGUGCGCGAGGAAGAAAACAGCGGUAGACAUCGGAAUGAUGGGGUUUGCUUUCUCAUUGAACCAGCUUGCGAAAACAUUUUUCUCACAAAACAUGACUAGCUAUGAACCCGAGGAUAUUAGGCGGUUCCAGGAGGUUGUGGAGACCGCGAUGGAGAUGAUGGGGAAGCUUAACAUAGUAGACAUGUUUCCGGUUUUGAAACCGUUUGAUCCGCAGAAUGUAAGGCGGCGAGCGAAGGAGGCGUUUGUCUGUUUGGAGGAAAUGGUAGAAGCUUCUCUAAAUGAGAGGGUUAAACAUCGAGAUUCAAAUCUGCCUAGGUUUGAUGAUGUGUUGGAUUCUAUGUUGGAUUAUAGUGAGGAGAAUGAAGAUGAGUUCAGUCUUAAACACAUCAAGACUUUACUUAUGGAAGUGUUAGUAGCAGGAACGGACACGAUAGCAAGCUCGACAACAUGGAUAAUGUCUGAACUGUUACUUAACCCUCACAUGUUAUUAAAAGUCCGCGAAGAAGUGAGCCAUAUAGUGGGAGAAGAUGGAACUAUCGAAGAAGCGAAAACCCUUGAGCUGCCCUACUUGCAUGCUGUCAUCAAAGAAACACUACGACUUCACGCAGGGUCACCCUUAUUGGCGCCUCACAUUACUCAAACCGAAGUCCAAAUUGGUAAUUAUGUUGUGCCAAAAAACACACGACUUGUGGUGAACGCAUGGGCCGUGGCACGGGACGAGAGAUAUUGGGAAAACCCGAGAGUGUUUAUGCCCGAAAGAUUCUUGAAAAAUAAGGUUGACUUUAAGGGGCAACAUUUUGAGUUCAUACCAUUUGGGUCAGGUAGAAGGAAGUGCCCAGGUAUGCCUUUGGCUGAGAGGAUGUUGAGUUUGAUUGUGGCCUCAUUUGUGUAUCAUUUUGAUUGGGAUGCUAAUGAAGAAGUGAACAUGGAUGACAAGUUUGGCCUUGCAUUGCUUAAGGCAACACCACUUGUUGUUACACCUCAAGUGGUCAAUAAGUAAGUUGCAGUGGACAUACAAGACUAUGGCCUACUUUAUUUUGUUUAUCUUUUACUUCUGGUUGUUAGGUGGAAGUUGUUAGCUAUUUGAAUGUUUCUUUUGUACAACAUCCUUAGAGUAGUGGUUUAGGAUUGUGAAUUAAAGAUGAGUGACAUGACGUUUAUGUGGUCCAUUUAUUAUUUGUGAUUUCAUUUGAAAAUAUUUAUGUUUUCU